AUGCAGAUCACGGAAUCAGUUCCUGAACUGUUCACUCCAAUGAGCCCCGAACUGUUGGAGGCUGCAAGGUUGGGCAAUACCAACAUACUCGGAACGAGCUUCCCUGACGUCCAUGUGACGGCCGGAGGGAACUCGAUGCUUCACAUCGCAGCCAACCAGGGACACACCGAUUUCUGCAAAAAAGCCCUCGACCUACAGCCCUUUCUCCUCCGGUUGAAGAACGCACGAGGAGACACUCCAUUGCACGUCGCCGCGAGGGCAGGCCAUCACCAGCUAGUGAAUGACCUCAUCUCUACUGCCUCUGAAAGGAGCGCGCAGGACGACGACGGAGUGCGUUCACUAGUCCAGAUGGCAAACGACGUUGGUAACACUGCCUUGCACGAGGCGGUACAGAACGGCCAUGAACAGGUCGUCGAUGCACUAAUGGCGAAGGCUCCAGGUGUGUCCGCGGUGACCAACAACGUCAAUGGCGUCUCGCCACUCUAUAUGGCGGUGGAAAGCUGGUCAACGUCGAUCGUGCGGCUUUUGCUGGCGGCGGAUGUCGCGUCAUGCGACGGACCCAACGGGCAGACAGCACUGCACGUCGCCGUCCUUAGGAGCUACGUACGUUGUUAUGACUGGUUCAAUCUUCUUCUUGUUGUGCAGUCCUUUAUGGUUCUGCUUCUGAUGACCAAUGGUUCACGGUUCAGUCCGCAGCGCCGUGAUGCUAUCAGAGAUCGUUGGCGGAUGCAACGAGAAAAAGAUCGUAUAAAUGAGACAUUAGUCGCCAACAACAUGUCCGUUAUGGCAGUGCUUGUUGCCACCGUCGCAUUCGCUGCAGCAUUUACUUUGCCAGGAGGCUACAAAAGCGAUGAGAGCAAUGAUCCAGGCAUGCCGAUAUUACUGAAAAGAACUGCUUUCAAAGUGUUUCUGAUAUUUGACACCUUGGCUAUGACAACAUCCUUCCUGGUUCUCGUCCACCUCCUUCAGGUCGGCUUGGGCAGUAAAACAUACAAGAACUGGUUUCUUCCCGAAGCCAGACUGAUGUUGCAGAUCUCACUGCUAGCGUUGAUGGCAGCAUUCGCCAGUGGUUUAUACCCACUCAUUGCGGGUGAAUGCUUCUGGCUCUUCAUCCUCAUUUGUGUUUUCCUUUCCAUUUAUUUCCUGUACUUCCUUAUGGAUCAACCUCUUAUUCUGUAUUGUCCUUUCCAUUUAUCCUAGCUUACUCAUUUAUGCUAAUGUUCUUCGAAUAUCCGGUUAUGUAAUAUUAAUAGACGAUCUGCGGUUCUU